GAGACACAGCCUUUCAUAAACACAGACAAUUUUAAAGAUGUGUUGACUGUACUGAACUCAUUACCUGCUCUGCUCUCCAGUUACCUACAACUCUAAACUCCAUAAGCUGAUCAUCCUGGACAGUCUGGGCUGUAUGACCUGGUCUCUCGAUCCCGGGGGUGGAGGUAAAAGAGAGUUGGAAUUUCCCAAACACAAUUACGGCAUUUUAAGACAAAUAAUCUACUGCAGCAAGUUCAACACCUACUUUGCCCUGAGGAAGGAUUGUUCACUGAAAGUGUACAACAAGGAUUUUGUUGAAACAUUUACAGUUCUGAAUUUGGACCUGAAAUUGGUGAAGUCGAUAAUAUUCAACCCGGAGACUGAUGAGCUUAUCACAGGAGGGGUUGGAGGAGUGAAGUUUUGGAAAUACAGAAUGAACCACAAGAGCAACAAUAAAGUCAUCGCCAUGUCAAACUACGAACUUUUCCUGAGGGCUGACUAUCCUCAUAUGGGAGGGAACUGGGUGACGAAGGUGGAACUCGAUGUCGUCACUCAGCAAGUCUUCUGCUGCUCUGUCCAGGCGCUGUUCUGUUACAACACACAAGGGCAGCUCCUCCUGGAGAUUCCAAACCCCCACAAGUGUUCACCCACGGCUUGUAUCUACUCAUCCUACAUCAAGUCCAUCCUGACCUGCUCCACAGACUGUGAAAGGUGCCAUAUCAAUGCAAGAUGUUGCUGUUUCUUAAUGCUGAACAUUUUGACGUCUCACAGUCAAGGCUUGGAGUGCCAAUGGGAUUAUCACCCACAGGUUUACUGGACACACCCGGGCAAUCACAAACCUGCUGAUCCAUCCGGAGACCCCUUCCAUCUUCAUCUCCUGUUCAAAGGAUGGUUCGAUCAGGUUCUGGUCACUGGACAUCUAUAGCCAGCUUCUGAGGUGAAGACCCACUGUCUCGGGAACAAAGACUGAGUCAUAUUUCUCUGGCAUCUUUCUAUCUCUCUCAGAACAUCCUAAUGCAAGUCAGA